AUGGCCGACCUGCAGAGGAGCUCGGAGGAACUCGGCCUCCCCGUCUCCGGUUCCGGCCGGCCCCCCGACGAUAGCCGCCAAAGGAUCGACCCCGAAGAUUCAGCCCGGAGCGCAGACGCGGUCGCCUCCACCUCCGCGGCUCGGCCGGGUGGGUUCUCCGGGUCCCACCCGCAGGCGAAUCGGGGCCGGGGGCCCCGGGAGGACCGGAAAUCCAGCCGCCGCUCCGGGAACGGCGCCGCGAGGCCCAGCCACCGGCUCGAGCCACGGGCCCGAGCGGAGCAGGCCGCCCGUCUCGGGACAGAGGAUGGGCCGGCCGGCCGAGGGAGGCGGGGGGCGGCGACGGGCCCCCGACUGGAGCGAGGGAAGCCCCGGCGGGGGCCUGCCGACCCCGGCGCGGACCCGUGGGCCACGGCACGCCGGCGGAACCGUUGGUCUCCUCAGAGUGGGGAAGCCCCGGGGCCCGGGCCCCGGCCGCCGGGCCGGCCGGCCUUCCCCGCUGCGGGGAAUGGGAUGUCCCGGGGAGCCGGCCGGCCCCCCGGCCCUGCCGACCUCGGCCGCGGGGGACCCCGCGGGGACCCCAAGAGCAGAUUCCUUCCGGCACCCAGAGAAGCCGAGGAGAGUGGCCGCGCGCCCCGACUCAUCUCUGGGCGUUUCGACGGUGUCCGGCGGCUCUCCUGCUCAGCUGCCCGUCGCCCCUCCCUCGGGUCACCCCCGAGAGCCCCCCUCAAUCCCCUCCCCGGGGCAAGAAGGCCGCCCCUCCCCACCGGCAAGCCUGACGGUUUGGGGCUUUCCGGCUCCGUCCCCGGGCGUCGGAAGCCCCCCGAGUCCCCCAGGCAUGUCCGUAGGGACCCCUCGGCCUCCAGGGAAGGCCAGCGGUGCCUGGGGGCCAUCGCCCCCUUCCCCGGCCAGUCCGGGAGGCGGAAGGCGGCCCAGGAGGAGGCCGGACCGAAGCCCCAGCCCCAGCCGAAGCCGAGCCUCCCCGGCCGCGCCAGAGCCGAGUGGCGAGAGGGGCGGGGCCGGGCGCUGCCCCCCUCCGGGUCCCGGGGCCCGACCUGGCAGAGCAAUCUGGGGUACCUCGGUGGUCCGGUGCCCGACUCGGUCAACUCCCCCUUCCUCCUUCCCUUCCCGCUGGUGUCUGGGCUCCCCCGGGACCAUCCCAGUGGCUUCGUCGUGCCCCCCUUCACAGCGGCGGCAAACCUGCUCAUCCGUUGCCCGCAGUUUCCAGUCUACAACCUCGACUUUUUCUGCCCCUUCAUCUUUCGUGUCCCGUGCCCCCUCCCCAAAGGCCCGGUGGGUGGGGAAACGUGGGCCCCGCCCCGGGCCUUCCCGGUGCCGUUCGUCAAGGAUCGCCCCCCGCGUGAUCGCAGAGGGCCCGACUGCGAGCUCGACGCCCCCCCGGAGCCGUGCUCGGAGCAGCGGCGAGCGCUGGAGCGGGAACGGAGAAAGCCGGAAGCGGCGCUGGCGAUCAUCUUUCCGGGGAAGAGAGAUCCCGGUUCCGACAGCGCUCCGGGCACCCGGCUUCCCGCCAACCCGUCGCACGUGGACCGCCUGAUGGCCGACCAGCUCACGGAGCGAGCCAGGGUUCUCACCUUGGUCGGGGAGACGGAAGGGCUCCGGGGCAGCCCCGUCCAUGGCAGCGUCACACGGAUGCUGGAACGCCACCUGGAAGUCAUCCAGCACGACACGGAAGCGGACCACGCCGCUGGACCCGCCGGCCAAGCCGCCGGUGCCCCGAGGCCGGGCGCUUCGCGGUCCAGGGACCCCAGAGGUGACUUGACUCUGGCGGGGGCCGUCAAAGAGCUGGCCACGUCCACCCGCCAGGCCCGCACCUCGCUGUGGUGUGCCCUGCAGAUGACUCUGUCCGAGUCCCCCUCCGACGUCCCCGCGAACGAGGAGGAGACGGAGAGGGAGCUGCAGGGACUUGGACCCUGAGACUUCCCGGGCCCGGAGAGCCGCCGCCCCGGCCUCAGCGAGGAACCGUCUGACUCAAGCCGGGAGGAGGGGGUGAAGGACCCAUUUCUUCCCCAGGUGUGUGAGUUCCCCGAGCGGGUGGCCGGGCUUCCUCCCGAGCGGGCGGCCGGGCUCUCUCACGGAGCGGGCGGCCCGGUUCCCCCAGAACGGAUGGUCUGGUUCUCCCGGAGCGGGCGGCCCGAUGAUCCCAAAGCGGGCGGCCGGGCUCCCCGCCGAGCAGGUUUCCACCAAGCUGACGGCCCGGUUCCCUCAGAGUGGGCGGUCCGGCUGCCUCCGAGCGGAUGACCCCGUUUCUCUCCCCACCCCCCGCCCUCCCGGGGGGGCGGCCGGACUACCCCCGAGCGGGCGCUGGGCACCCCCUGAAAGGAUGGCCCCGUUUCCCUAGAACGGGCAGUCCGGGUCCCCUCCGAGUGGGUGACCCAAUUCCCUCCUAAGCGGGCGGCCGAGUUCCCUCCCAAGCAGAAGGCCGGAGCGGCCAGGUGCGCCGCCCCCCCCCCCCCCCCCGGAAUGAGCGAUCGAGCUCCCCCCGAGCGGACAGCCGGACCCCCACCGAGCGGGCGGUCGGGCUCCCCGGAAGCACCGGAGGAACUGGCGGCCGCGGGCUCGUGCUGGGGUUCCAAGCGUCUGCCCGUCGGCCGGUGUCGAGCGGACAGGUGGCAGUCGCCCGCCAGGGUCGGAGACUCGUGCCAGGGUCGGGGGUGGGGGACUCCUGCCAAGAUUGGGGAUUCGUGUCGGGGUCUCCCGUGGCACCGCGGAAAAGCCACGGGAAGCCCAGUUUCCCGGCGAGGGCCACACGAGGCGGUUGGGGAUAUUAUUUCCCCCGAGAGGUUCUCCAAGAAAGGGACCCGCGGGCAAACGCGGGCAGUCGGGGGCUCCGGGUUUUGGGGCUCCGGCGGGCGGACGCUCACGAGCACCGGCAACCGCGAGGCUUCGGCCGGCCGGGUCCAUCCGGGGUCUAGUCCGGACCGGCCGUCGGGUCGGGCGUUGCCGUCCGGAUUAUCCCCCGGGCGCUCCGCGGGGGCGACUCACCAGAGGGUCUUCCGGAUUUCGGUGGGAAUCGUGAUAGGCGAGAGCAUCUUGGCAAGCGGGCGCGAAUCGUCCCUCGGGAGGAGAGAUUAGAUUUACGAGGGGAUCACGUUUAACUUGGCGGGGUCGAAACCGGUCACGUUUCACUUAGCGGGUGGGCACUCGGCCCAAAUUAGGGGUUAUCCAUACGGAAUUUACAGGAUCUCAGUUUUCAGAAACAGUCACACUGGAAGAGUUGAAUUAAAUGUGUUUUUAAAGUU